AUGUUGCGCAGGGUUCUUCCAAGAGCUGUUGCGCGUUCGUCGCGCGCCUUCCAUGCAUCACCUUCUGUCUCGCGCGUUGUUGCAACCAACCCCGCAAAGGCGGGAGAAUCUUGGUCCUCUGGGAAGUACCCUCUCAUCGAGCAUGAAUUCGACGCCGUCGUCGUAGGUGCCGGUGGUGCCGGUCUCCGAGCAGCCUUUGGUCUUGCAGAGGCAGGGUUCAAGACCGCUUGUAUCACCAAACUUUUCCCUACUAGAAGCCACACUGUCGCUGCUCAGGGUGGUAUCAAUGCUGCUCUUGGUAACAUGACGGAGGACGACUGGAGAUGGCACAUGUAUGACACUGUGAAAGGAUCGGACUGGCUGGGGGACCAGGAUGCCAUCCACUAUAUGUGUCGCGAGGCUCCUAACUCGGUUAUUGAGCUCGAACACUAUGGAGUGCCCUUCUCCCGUACGAAAGAAGGGAAGAUCUACCAACGGGCUUUCGGAGGACAAUCUUUGAAGUAUGGCAAGGGUGGUCAGGCAUAUCGUUGUGCCGCGGCAGCUGACCGAACUGGCCACGCUAUCCUCCACACUUUGUAUGGUCAAUCAUUGCGACACAACACCAAUUUCUUCAUUGAAUAUUUCGCUCUUGAUUUGAUAAUGGAAGAUGGCGAAUGCGUCGGUGUCAUCGCCCUCAACAUGGAAGACGGGACUCUGCACCGAUUCCGUGCUCAUAAGACGGUCCUUGCUACUGGUGGAUACGGUCGAGCAUAUUUCAGUUGCACUAGUGCACAUACCUGCUCCGGAGACGGAAACGCCAUGGUUGUCCGCGCAGGACUGCCGCUUCAGGAUCUUGAAUUCGUUCAAUUCCACCCAACUGGUAUCUAUGGUGCUGGAUGCCUAAUCACUGAAGGUUCUCGCGGAGAGGGAGGCUAUCUCUUGAACUCCGAAGGUGAACGAUUUAUGGAGCGUUAUGCGCCAACCGCGAAGGAUUUAGCUUCCCGUGAUGUUGUUUCUCGGUCCAUGACUAUCGAGAUCCGUGAAGGCCGUGGCGUUGGUCCUGAAAAGGACCACAUCUACCUGCAACUCAGCCAUCUCCCACCUGAAGUCCUCCAUGAACGACUACCUGGUAUCUCUGAGACAGCCGCUAUCUUCUCUGGCGUCGAUGUUACCAAGGAACCCAUCCCCGUUUUGCCCACUGUUCACUACAACAUGGGAGGCAUUCCUACCAAGUACACAGGCGAAGUUAUCACCAUUGACGAAAACGGCAAAGACAAAAUUGUUCCUGGACUCUAUGCUGCAGGUGAAGCAGCGUGCGUCUCCGUCCACGGUGCUAACCGUCUUGGUGCAAACUCUCUUUUGGAUAUUGUCGUCUUCGGCCGUGCUGUUGCACACCACAUUCGUGACACCCUUGCGCCCGGUAAGCCUCACAAGGCCAUCCCUGAGGAAGCUGGCCUCGGCUCCAUCGAGUUUUUGGACAAGAUCAGGAACGCUGAGGGCUCAUUGCCCACUGCCCAAAUCCGCCUAAACAUGCAGAAGGCCAUGCAAUCUGAUGCUGCUGUCUUCAGGACCCAAGAAUCUCUGGAUGAAGGUGUACAGAAGAUGCGUGAGAUUUACAAGAGCUAUGUCAACGUUGGAAUUAAGGACAGGAGCAUGAUCUGGAACUCUGACCUCAUCGAGACUCUCGAGUUGCGCAACAUCCUCCAAUGCGCCAUGCAAACCAUUACCUCUGCCGCUGCUCGCAAGGAGUCACGUGGAGCUCAUGCUCGCGAGGAUUAUCCUGAUCGUGACGACGAGAACUGGAUGAAACACACACUCUCCUUCCAGCCCGAUCCCGAGAGCCCUGAGGUUGUUCUCAAGUAUCGUAGCGUUAUCGACACCACUCUCGACGAGAACGAGUGCAAGCCUGUACCACCAUUCAAGCGCGUCUACUAA